AAUAGUUAUCAAAGUUAUUCUAUAGUUUUUCUUGAUGAAUGGUAUACAUGUGUUGAUUGGAAUUCUAUUAUAAAAUAUUUGAAUGACAUUCCAGAAAAAGUUGAAAUUAAAGGAAAGUUAUUUGUUCCCUUCUUAGCUAAAUAUAUUUUCAUAACUUCUUGUAAACCUGUAGAAGAAGCUUUUAAUUUUGGUUUAGAAUCUGAUUUUUGUGGUAUGCUUUGGGAUCUCAAAUAUGACAAAUACGAAUAUACUACUGAAAAACUUAAAAAAAUUGUUCAAGAACGUAACAAAGAUGAACCAGAAGAAGUUAUAAUCAAAGAUAACCAAAUUUAUUGGCAUCAAAUUUUUCCUGA